AUGGACCGCAUGGUAACAAAAACUGUUGAUGCUAUACAACGAUUUGGUGAGCGUCUUGAGCGACGUUUAUCAACUGGUGAUGACGAUGAUUACGGUCUUGAAAAAUCGGGAUCAGGUUAUAUGCAUUCAAAUUCUGGAUCAACAUUUCAUCGACCAUUAGAUGGUCAUCCUCAUAAAGAUUUUUAUUCAUCACGUCAACAAGACUUUGCUUAUGGUGGUGCAGAACAUCAUUCUUCGGAUAAUUUAGCUGCUAAUCCUGGUGCGUAUAAUAGUUUUCAUAAUUAUCGACAAGGUCCAAUGGAUAAUCGACAAGGUCCAAUGGGUAAUCCAUAUGGUGAUGGUAUGAUCAGACCACCUUAUGGAGCUGGAAUGCCUGGCCAUAUGCAUUAUGGUCAUGGAGGAGCAUAUCCUGGCCCAGUACCACAUGGUGGUGUUCCUGGUAGUGUAGGAUAUGCUCCAGAUUAUUAUAUUGCUGAACGACGACAAGUUGAAUUAGUUCCUGCCCCACCACCACGCUAUAUUCGACAACCAGUUCCUGUUCCUUUUCCCGUUGAUCGCCCUGUACCUCAACCAUAUCCUGUUGAAGUACCUAGACCAGUACAUAUUGAUCGACCUGUGCCCGUACCAGUUCCAUCGCCAGUACCUUACGAUCGACCAGUGCCUUUUCCUGUACCAGUUCCAGUUCAUUCACCACCAGUUCGAGUUCCAGUCCCUGUUCCAUGCUAUGUACCUGUUGGUGUUCCUGUUCCAUCACCUCCUCCAAGUCCUGCUAUGGUCGAAAAUUCAGUUACUUAUAGUCAACGUUGGGUUACUGGUUCACCUGUAAUGAUGAAUCAACAACGUUAUCUGGCUGGUUCACCUGUCAUGGGCAUGAAUCCAUGUAUUACACCUUAUGGCCAAGGUCCCUUUAUUCGUUAA